UGCCGUUGGAGGCCUGCGCCACCCGAGGAGCCUCAGGGCCGGCUGGGUCUUGGGUGCCUUGCGCUCUCCCUGAUGACGGCUGGGCAGGGUCUCGGGACCUGGGCCUGAGGGCGCCGCCAGCAGAGAUCCGCGUCCUCAGCCGGGCCUGGGCACUGGUGGGAGGACCCAGUCUGGACGAACGCUCAGGGGCAGCGCUAUCGCUUUCGGUCGCCGCAAGGACCCCCACCUCAGCCAGGACCUGGACCUCGGAGGGCGAAAGGACCUUGAACAAGUAAAAUGAGGGAUGUUUGCUAAUAAAGAUAUCGCCAAAGAUUAGAGACAUAAUCAUCUAGAGGCAAUGCUGGUAGUAUGGCUCUAUGUGCGUGUUGUUCAAAAGUCUCUACAGCAGAUUCUCUUGUUUUAGGGGCUAUCCAGAUUAUGAUUGGCAUCUUUAGUGUUUUCAUGUGGUAUCUCCUAUUGAUUUUGUAUAUAGGACAAAUUAAAGGAGUCUUUGGGACAUAUGAACCUAUAACUUACAAAACAGGAUGUUCUUUAUGGGGAAUUAUUUUUAUCAUUUCAGGAGUCUCCAUAAUAAGAGUAGCAAGGCAUCCAUCUCCACGCCUGCUUACAUGUACUAUGAUCAUGAACAUCUUAUGCAUAAUUGUUGCAGUUAUUGCAGUGGUUCUAACAGUAAUGGAGUUGUCUUCUUUUGAGUCUGUGUCAUAUAGGAAUUAUGGACAAGCGAAAUUUGGGAGAGAAAUUUCACGUGUUUUACUGGGCUUCUACCCCUUGGAAUUGUGUAUUGCUUUCACAUACACGAUCUUCGGCUAUGUUGGUUUGUGUUGCAAAAAUGAAGAUGAUCAUACAACUGUUACAGAGGAAGCUGAGAGUGCUUUUUAAAAACCUUAGAAAUGUGAGAAUUUUCCUGGUGCUGUUACCUGAUGUGGGCCUGAUGAUAUAUCUGUGUAACAAAGCUGCUACAAAGUCCACAGAUUUUGUGCAAAAGAAAAUACAAAACAAGUUGAAUUUUUCUUUUCAGUAUUUCAGAAAAUUCUUCACACAUAUUUUUGUAGGCUCCAAUUGGAAAGCUUUUCCCUAAUUAAAUAUGAUAUUAUUACAAGGAAGAAUUUAUUUUCCCGGUACUCUGAAUAGCUUUCAACUCUUCCUAAUGGAGCUUUUGUAAGAGACCAUAAAGAUUUGCGACUGUCUCUAGAGUACAAGCUACACAGACUUAGAGCAUGAUAUUGUAUAAUUCUCAGGAGAAUUUUAAAUAAUUUAUGCCUCUACAAGUAAAGAGUACAUUUCAGUCUGAGUUCUUCUACCUGAGCUAGCUAGCUACCUGAGCAAAGUAUGAAUUAGAAGUCAUCCAAUUCAGUCCCUUCAUUGACUGCUCCUUUCCUCAUUAAAGUUCCUUUCUGCCCU